UCUACAACAGAAAAAAAAAUAAUCAUAUUAAUACACAAAUCAUUAGUAACGUUAUUUCAUACCAUUAUCUCACCAGAGGUCGCAUUACGCAAGCAUCACUUGCACUUCCGAAAAAAAGACAGAAAAUUUACCUAUUGUUUACCUGUACACAGGUGAGUAAUUUACAGUAAAUACAUAACAUAUAACAUCGUUUUUCAAAAUGUAGGGACAGCCGGGGAGAAAUUGUCUUCUACAAUUGUUGUUCUGUUAUAAGCAGAAAAGGAACUAAAAUGUCACUUUUCCCCAAACUUCGUACUCCUAAAUUGGAGGGGGUUCCGUUCGUCCUUCAAUUUACCAGUUCAUUCAUUGUUACAUUUCAAUCAUUUAUUAUUACCACUAAAAGAGUGGAGGGGGGGGGCAAUUCGCCAUUCAAUCCUAUUUCACAUGUGAAAAUAACUUAGUUGCCAUAUGAAAAUAACAGAAAUGAUUGUCAUAAAAUGUGGAGGGUCAGUCCCCUGGUUUUACGUGCCUGAUACGUGGAUACAUUAAGUACAUAUGAAGGUUUGCUCUUGUGCGAAUCUGUCGAAAUUUGAUAUCGUGAGCAUUUUGUAAAUUAACAACAUAAUUAAAAACAACAACGCUCUUUAUUGUAUAUCACAUACACAUUACUAAGUAUUGAAAAGGGAGAUUACAGGGAUAGCAUCCCUUUCAUUUUGAGAAAGAAAGAGAGAAGAGUUGAAUAAAUGGCGGCCGCCAUAAAAAUUAAGUGGUGGUCGCCAUAUAAAUCAAGUGGCGGCUACCAGUUAAACCAAUUAAUGAGUGGCAGCCACCGUUUAAAUUAAGUGGCGGUCGCCAAAUAAAUGAAGUGGCGGUCAUCAGGUAAAUGAAUAUAAAUGUUAUACCCUGGCACCUAUCACCUUCCGUAGUUUAGUGCUUCCUGUAAAAUUGGUGAGUGUUUAUGGCCAAAAAAUCGACAAAAGUUAACCGAAAUAAAUAUAGAUCCAACAAAUCGUAUUUAUUAAUUCGAGAGCCGAGAUGGUAUAUCCCAUUACCCCCCCCCCCCCCCCCCCCCCUCUUUGCAUAGUAAAAUUCUCAAUUUAUUUAUUGAUUCAAAAUAAAUUAAUAGAUAGUGCCAACAUGGCGGUAUUUUGUACCUGUAACCUAUGAUUAUUCGUGACCCACGGGGUUGAAUUUCAAUAUAAACAGCGUACAAUAAAAAUAUUCAUUAUAUACACAUUCGAUUUAAUUCUACUUUUGAUGAAAGGAAAUUCAGUCUUCUGACGUAAAUGUUGACAUAGCUACUCAACAUGAACUAGGUCAAACAAACUUUAAAACAUUUAAACAGGCGAUAACACAUAAAUAGUGCAUACAGGCCGACAGGCCGCACAGGUAUUUAAUCACGGGACUAGACAGAAGGUCGAAAGAACAGGGAGGCCAUGUUGGAUUUUCAGUAAACUGUGUGAUUCCAGCGUCAGAAAUGCAUCCCCGGCGCAGUGCUCAGGAAGUCCUACUGUGUAACCUCUGUGAGACUGCCCCCCUACAGAGUCGUUGUGAAGUUUGUAAUAUAAAUCUAUGCAAAGCCUGUGUUGGGGAGCACCUCUCGGAUUCCUCUAAACAACACAAUGUCAUGCCCUAUUUACAAAGAAAGUCUACUCCGAACUACCCGAAAUGUCCGAAACACGCCAAUGAACUCUGUAAACAUCACUGUGGGGACUGUGACAUUCCUGUCUGUAUUACCUGCGUCUCCUCCGGUAAACAUAAAGGUCACACGUUAUCAGAAUUUCUGGAAAAACUCAACUCCAAAACACAAAGUUUGCAAAAAGAUUUAGAGGAACUCGAGACCCGAAUUUAUCCCCGAUAUGAAAAAAUGGCGUCCGAUGUCCAAACUGAAAAAGCCGAAAUAGAAACGAAUUACGGGAAACUAACCACAACUGCCGAGCAAGAAGGUGAAAUCUUACACCGGGAGAUCACCGCCAUUGUCAACCAGCGGAAAUCUGCCAUUCAGGAGAUGAAAAACAAACACCUAUCUACCCUGAACAAAAAUACAGAAGAAAUCACACAGAAAAUGGCGGAACUCAAACAGAUCAUUUCCGACUUGAAAUCAAUCCUAAAAUCAAAUGACGUCUCCUUAACCUCUACUUACAAAUCUAGGAAUUCCGAAUUUAGAACAUUACCGCCUAAAGUUCGAGCUACAUUGCCGAGUUUUACUUCUCAGAAAAUAAACAAAGAUCAGCUCAAUGAAAUGUUUGGUUCUCUGUCGCCAUUAUCCAUUAACACAGAACAUGGCGACACAAUGAAGUCAGCAGAAGCUGUAUCGUCACCUCCAGUCAAACCACUGCUUGAUGAGCCGUGCGUCACCGCCACCAUAGACACUGGGUAUGAUAGAUACACACUACACAGUGUUAGCUGUCUGAGUGAAGAUCAAGUCUGGACACGCGGGGAUAACAAAACCAUGAAGCUCCUCAACCUCCAAAGUAAACUACUGACAUCAAUAAAAACCAAGUCAGGGAAGCCGCCAGAGGACAUAGCAGUGACACGGGACGGAGAUCUUGUUUAUACUGACCCUAGUAAUAACACCGUGAACUUAAUUAAGAAUAAAAAGAUACGGACCGUGAUCACACUACAGGGGUGGAGACCUCGCUCUGUCUGCUGUACCGCGGAUAACAAUCUCCUGGUUACCAUGGACAGAGAUGAUAGAGAACAAUCCAAAGUCGUGCGUUACUCCGGCUCCACAGAGACACAAAGCAUUCAGUUUGAUGAUCAGGGUCGUCCUCUCUACUCAUCUGUUAGUGACAUCAGUGAGAAUAGGAACCUGGAUAUCUGUGUGGCUGACUUCUCAGCUAGUGCAGUAGUGGUGGUCAAUCAGUCAGGAAAACUCCGAUUUAGAUACACUGGUCAUCCCUCUAAUACCGAGCAAUCAUUUAAUCCAUUCGGCAUCACUACAGACAGCCAGAGUCACAUCCUGACAGCAGACCAUUACAAUAACCGUAUCCACAUCCUAGAUCAGGACGGACAGUUCCUCCGUUACAUUCACUGUGAUUUAGAUCGUCCAUUAGGUUUAUGUGUGGACAUCAGAGACAACCUCUUUGUGGCUGAGUGUGACACUGCUAAAGUGAAGAAAAUCCAAUAUCUAUAAUCACAGUGUUAAUUACACAUCUCUACACAGUGUUAAUUACACAGUUCUACAGUGUUAAUUACAUCUACCAACACAGUGUUAAUUACACAGUUCUACAGUGUUAAUUACAUCUAUCAAAACGGUGUUAAUUACAUAUUUCUGCAGUGCUAUUUACAUCAGUGUGUUGAUUACAGUUCCUUGUUAAUUACAGCCCUGUGUUAAUUACAGCCCUGUGUCUGUGAUGUGUAAUGUACUUGUGUUUGUGAGUUUAACUGAUAGAACAUUAGUCUCUCACUGCUGUUUACCAAUUAUAUCUUAUCUGUAUUAUUAUGUUUAGUGGAACAGUAUUAAUAUUAGUACAUGCCUAACUAGUUUGACUUUCUUACUUAUUAUCUAUAAACACUCUUUUGAGGACUAAUUUGACUGUGUUACUACUUAUCUAUAAACACUCUUUUGUGGACUAAUUUGACUGUGUUACUAGUUAUCUAUCUAUAUACAACCUUUUGUGGACUAAUUUGACUGUGUUACUAGUUAUCUAUAUACAAUCUUUUGUGGACUAAUUUGACUGUGUUACUAGUUAUCUAUCUAUAUAUACAAUCUUUUGUGGACUAAUUUGACUGUGUUACUAGUUAUCUAUAUACAAUAUUUCGUGGACUAAUUUGACUGUGUUACUAGUUAUCUAUCUAUAUACAACCUUUUGUGGACUAAUCUGACUGUGUUACUAGUGAUCUCUAUGCAAUCUUUUGUAGACUAAUUUGACUGUGUUACUAGUUAUCUAUAUAUACAAUCUUUUGUGGACUAAUUUGACUGUGUUACUAGUUAUCUAUAUACAAUGUUUUGUGGACUAAUUUGACUGUGUUACUAGUUAUCUAUAUACAAUGUUUUGUGGACUAAUUUGACUGUGUUACUAGUUAUCUAUAUACAACCUUUUGUGGACUAAUUUGACUGUGUUACUAGUUAUCUAUAUACAAUCUUUGGAGGACUAAUUUGACUGUGUUACUAGUUAUCUAUAUACAAUCUUUGGAGGACUAAUUUGACUGUGUUACUAGUUAUCUAUAUACAAUCUUUGGAGGACUAAUUUGACUGUGUUACUAGUUAUCUAUAUACAAUAUCUUGUGGACUAAUUUGACUGUGUUACUAUUUAUCUAUCUCUAUACAAUCUUUUGUGGACUGAUUUGACUGUGUUAGUAGUUAAUUUUUAUAUACAAUGUUUUGUGGACUAAUUUGACUGUGUUACUAGUACUUGAAUAUUAUUUGGUUUGUUUAUCUUAUAUUUCAAUAUACAUAUAUAUUUUCAAUGUGUAUAUUAUAGAUAAACAUGAUUUAGAG